AUGGCCGCACUGGCGCACGCCGCGAUCAACCACGUCGUCCGCGAGUUCGUUGAUCGCCAACACCUCACCUCAUCCGCCGCAUUCGCCAUAGCCACAGCGCCGAAUGCCCCAUUACCCACCCCGGUGGGCGUCGAUUCUAUCGACAGCAUGACACAGACGACGACUACGACGAGCAUUGCAUCCACACCAACAGCGAUGAUGGCAGCCGGCGGGAACGGUGGCGACGACCAGGGCGAGUGCCGCCUGCUGGGGCCCUUUGCGCUCUUCGUGCAGCUGGCGCUCGGCGGUCUCGCCCUAAUGUCCCUGGUGUACAAGAGGUGGCGGGAGAGGCCGCAGAGGCCUCUGAAGAUCUGGUUCUUUGAUGCGUCGAAGCAAGUGUUCGGGUCGGUCCUGGUGCACGUCGCCAACGUGUUCAUGUCGAUGCUCACGAGCGGACGCUUCUCCAUCAAGGUCGAGCCGACGUCCGCUGCGACGGUGCGGGCCGUGUCGAUGAUGGUGGUGCGAAGCCUUGUACGGCGGGACGGGCAAGACGGUGGAGCACCUGACGAGGGCUAUACGCCGAAUCCGUGCUCGUUCUAUCUGUUGAAUCUUGCUAUUGAUACAACACUCGGCAUCCCCAUACUUAUCCUCCUCCUGCGCGUGUUCACCGGUCUCGUCUCGUACACGCCCCUCGGCCAACCACGAGAGUCGAUCCAGUCAGGCAACUACGGAAAUCCACCCAACGCGUGGUGGUGGCUCAAGCAGUCGGUCAUCUACUUCUGCGGUCUGUUCGGCAUGAAGCUCUGCGUCCUCAUCAUCUUCCUGAUGCUGCCGUGGAUCUCCCGCGUCGGAGACUGGGCACUGGGCUGGACUGAGGGGAACGAGAGGGUCCAGAUCGUGUUCGUGAUGAUGCUCUUCCCCCUCAUCAUGAACGCGAUGCAGUAUUACAUUAUCGACUCCUUCAUCAAGAAGCCGGCAGGCAAGGAAGACGACGAGGGCCACGAGGGCUCCGGGGCGUCAGGUGGCACGUACGAAAGGAUCGCUGAGCCUGGAAGUGAGGACGACGAUGAACCUCGCACGCCCCGCCGGCGCAGCGGCUCGAUCCCCCUGGAGGACGAGGCUGACGUGAAGUCCAGCAAAGAAGGCAAGAAGGCCAAAAGCCCAGCGGAAGGGGAAUAUGAUCCCGACCUUGAUGGCGAUAGGACCACGGUGGUAGGGAGCGGUUCCUCGCCUUUGAGAGGGGGUGUACCCAAGGAGCUCUUACCAAAGGAGUAG